CGCAGCUUCACAUCAAACCUGAAACCCGGACCGGACCGUCUUUCCGGAGUAGCAGUUGCGGCCGGGAGAACCUCGGCUCCCGCCUGUCCCUGUUAUCCGCUAAAUUUCAUAAACACAGCUUCCAAGUUUGAAUCUUUUGGAUACACGGGGCAGCGGAGACAGCUUUCGGUCGUUGAGGAUCUCAUUGAUGCGAAGCGGACUAGUUUGGUUCAUGAAUUGCGAGCUCUUCGUUAAGGAUCCGUUCCGUAGUUGGUAAUUGGCUUGCAGCGGUGAUUCGUCCGUGGCGCUGUUUGUUUUUGUUGCCGGAAGAGUUGCAGAAGCUUGUCAAUGGCUUGGAGAGCGAUUGGUGAUAAGGGUAUUCGGUCUCCUCUUGGCAGACGCGUCAUUUUGUCAUCUCAAGAACAUGUAGUUGGGUCAACCUCUAAAGGUAACCUUGACUUCACAGUGAGAUCAGUUUCAGCUGCUAAUUGUAGACAAGGCUUUACUAGUGGCUCUCUUUUACCUGGCGCUUCUCAUGGCAAUGUUCUGACUAAAGAAUCCUUCAUCCGGUACUUUCAUAACACUCCGGUCCUAUAUAGCAGAAAAGCAGUUGAUGAGGCCUUGGGUUUAAAGACAGAAAGGAAAGGGAAGUUUAAGAGAAGGGACAAGGCACAGAUGAAACCUCCUCUGUUAGACUUAUCCUUGGAGGCAUCAGAAUGAUAAGAGUGAGAUGAUCAUCUAUUCCAAGUGACAAGCAUUUAUCUAUUGUAAAUUCAUCCACUCAAAGUAGCAGAUUACACACAUUGUUCCCGUGGGAGUUGGAUUAGGGAUGGCAAUGGGUCGGGUUGGGGCGGGUUUUGCCAAACCCGAACCCAAACCCAUGGGUUUGUCCGUCAAAAAAACCCGGGGUAAAACCCGCUGGGUUUGAAAAACUCAAACCCAACCCAACCCGCUGGGUAUCCGCGGGUUGAUGGGUUACCCGCGGGUUUUUUUGGUAAAAUAUUUAUAAAAUUAUAAUUAACAAGAAGCUAUUAAAAAUAAAAAUAUUUAUACUGAUAGUUCAUAAUUGCUACAAGAAAGGCAGAGAACGAAUUUGGACUUAUUUUUCUCUUUAUAGAAUAUGUUGUGAGAUGAUAUAUUAUCAACACUAUGAAGGAUGGGGCAGCAGAGAAUGAGCUAAGUGUAUAUUAUCU